CGCCUCGGGUGGCGCCGGGCCGCGCCUGCAGGACGCGCUGCUGGCGCGUCGCGAAGCUCUGGACAACUGGGCGUACGACUGGUGGCUGGCCGACAUGUACCUGGGCAACCCGCUGCCGCUGCCGGUCAACUCCAACCCCGGCAUGGUGUUCCCGCCGCGCAGCUUCCGCUCGGCGCACGACCAGGCGCAGUUCGCGGCGCGCUUCCUGCGCUGCCUGCUUGACCACAAGGACGUGCUCGACUGCAAGGCGCUGCCCGUGGAGCGCGCGACGAGCCGCGAGAAGGGCCAGCCGCUGUGCAUGGCGCAGUUCUACCGCCUGCUGGGCCACUGCCGCACGCCGGGCGCGCCGCGCGACUCGCUGCACGACCACGCGUCGCGCAGCCACCACGUCGCCGUCGUCUGCAGGAACCAGGUCCGCCACGCCCCAUCCCUCUGCCGCAACACCGCCCAAAGCCGUCCACGAGCCGCUGCCCGGCUGUCGGAGCGCGAGCUGUGCGCGCAGCUGAUGCACGUGCUGCGCGAGGCGCCCAGCCUGCCGCCGGCGCCGCCGCUGGGGCUGCUGACGGCGCAGCGCCGCGACGUCUGGGCGGCGCACCGACGCCUGCUGAUGCAAGACGAGCAGAACCGCGCCAGCCUGGAGCAGCUGGAGUCGAGCCUGGUGCUGGUGUGCCUGGACGAGCCGCUGCCCGCCAGCUUCAACAGCCGCACCCUGCGCGAGAGCCGGCCGGAGGUCGCCAGGGGCCACCAGGUGGCGGGCCGCGACGAGACCAACAUGGCGCACCAGAUGCUGCACGGCGGCGGCUCCGCCCUCAACGGCGCCAACCGCUGGUUCGACAAGACGGUGCAGGUGGUGGUGUCGAGCGACGGCGUGUGCGGGCUGUGCUACGAGCACUCUCCGGCGGAGGGCGUGGCGGUGGUGCAGCUGAUGGAGCAGGCGCUGGCGGGCUGCGCCGACCUGCCGCCCGCGCCCUCCGAGCCGCCGUGCGCGCCGCCCCACCUGCCGCCCCCGCGCCGCCUGCUGUGGCGCCCCGACGCCGCCCUCAGGGAGGCGCUCCAGCGCGCCGCGCAGCACCUCGACGGCUUGGUGGAGGACUUAGACUUCUACGUCUAUCGCUAUGCAGGCUACGGGAAAGAAUUCAUUAAAUCGAGCAAAGUCAGCCCUGAUGCCUAUAUUCAGCUAGCGUUGCAACUAGCGUACUUCAAGCUCAACCGUCGGCUCGUGGCAACUUACGAGAGUGCGUCUACGAGGCGGUUCCGGCUGGGGCGAGUGGACUGCAUCCGGUCUGCCACUCCGGAGGCCCUGCAGUGGGUGACGGCGAUGUGCCAGGAUGAGGACGAUGGGACACAGCCUUCUGGAAAACGGGUAACAUUCAGCCUCUAUGAUGAAAAAAAGAAGCUUGAGCUGUUUGAUGCUGCAAUCAAAAAACAAACGGAGAUAAUGGUUGAUAACAUUUUAGGUCAGGGUAUUGAUAUCCAUUUGCUUGGUCUCAGAGAAAUGGCUAAAGAGCUUGGGGAACCAUUGCCAGAAAUUUUCUCUGAUGAUUCAUACAAAAUUGCCAAUCAUUUCUCACUGUCUACUAGUCAGGUUGCAACAGCAACUGACAGCUUCAUGGGUUAUGGACCAGUUGUUCCUGAUGGGUAUGGUGCAUCAUAUAACCCAAGAUCAGAUACUAUCACUUUCUGUCUUUCAGCAUUUCACUCGUGCCAGACUACAAGUACAUGGAAGUUUGCUCACAGCCUUGAAGAGAGUCUUAACAGAAUGCAACAACUGGUUGGCAAUCGACAAUAGAACCAACAUUUGUUGUUUACAAAGAAUAAAUUCUGUUGAAGCCAAUAUUAAGCUAGUAAGGAUGCUAUUAGAAACUCACUCAGUAUUACAGGAACCAAAUACCUCUUCAUUUCUCUUAUUACUAUGAUCACACUGCAACACAUUUCCUCAUAGGAAAUGCUGAAACAAUCUCUAAAAAUUGAAAUCAUGCAAUAUUUUCCUACUAGAAAUACACAUCAAUAAGAAUAAAUACGCAGUAGGUUCCGAAAACAAUAUGAAAGUUUCUGUGUAUGCCUCAACAAAUUACAAUAAAUAGCAUGUUUAGUUUAUCAUUGGCGAUCAAAAAAGAAGGUCAAUUUACUAUUCUACUUCCAGGAGUUUAUUAGAUACAUAAGAGGAAAUUGGUUUUACAAUGUUACUGUAAUCACUAUGCACAACAUAAUAUGUAGCUAAGAGGAGUACCAGCACAUACAGCUACAGCAGAUAUUUAGAGAUCUUAUGCACAAUACUAAUAGAUGGCACUUAUUUCAUUAAUUAGAUUUCUUUUGCAUUUUGUCCCUACACCAGUCUUCAGUUGUUCUGGGCACUGUAGUUAUCUGGUUACAGCAUAUUCAGUUCAGUCAUUAGAGUCAGAACAUUGAUAAAUAAUAAGUCUAAAACUUAAAGAACAUCAUUUCCACAGUGCUGUUAGUUUAAAACAGUACAGUACUAAGCAGUGGUAGCUAUUUUCAAGCAUGUGAUCAUUAUCAAGAGCAAAUGCCAUCCUCAUUUGCAUAGUCAUCAAUGGACAUGCCCUUGGAAUAGGUAACUCCCACCUAAACACACACACACACACACACACACACACACACACACACACACACACACACACAGUAAUUUUUAAUUAAAUAUUUAUUUCCACACGGUAUAGAAUAAACUGCUGGUACUCUUUCAUUAUUAUAGUAUUUUCCAAUUUAUACAAGAUCAUUUCUUUCCCUAGUACCAGGUUUCUGGGACACAGUCCAACAAUGUGAACUUCUAGCAAUAUUGCUUGUGCUUGCUGAAAAAUUAUUUAUCCACAAUAGUUUUCUUUGCGUGACAAAGAUGCAUUGUCAGAAGAAGUGCUGCGAAUAUUUUUAAAAAAUUACUUUUAUCAAGUACACAAUAUUGCUGUCCUUAAUACAU